CGGCCAUGGCGCGGAAGAAGGUAAGGCCGCGGCUGAUCGCCGAGCUGGCCCGCCGCGUGCGGGCCCUGCGCGAGCAGCGGGAGCGGCCGCGCGAUUCGGAGCGCUACGCCCUGGACUACGAGACGCUGACGCGGCCGCACUCGGGCCGCAAGCUGCCCGCGCGAGCCUGGGCCGACGUGCGCCGCGAGAGCCGCCUCCUGCAGUUGCUUGGCCGCCUCCCGCUCUUCGGCCUGGGCCGCCUUGUCACGCGCAAGUCCUGGCUGUGGCAGCACGACGAGCCGUGCUACUGGCGCCUCACGCGGGUCCGGCCCGACUACACGGCGCAGAACUUGGACCACGGGAAGGCCUGGGGCGUCCUGACCUUCAAAGGAAAGACGGAGAGUGAGGCUCGGGAGAUAGAACAGGUCAUGUACCACGACUGGCGGCUGGUGCCCAAGCACGAGGAGGAGGCCUUCACCGCUUUCACGCCGGCGCCGGAGGACACUCUGCGCACUGUGCCCUACCCGCCGCUCCUCCGCGCAAUGAUUCUAGCAGAGCGACAGAGAAAUGGAGACACCAGCACGGAGGAGCCCAUGCUCAAUCUGAAGAGGAUACGCAUUGAUCCCUGGGACUAUCCUGAGAACCAGGAGUCGAAGAGAAAGACCAAGGGCACUGCAGUCUAAAAUGCCAGAGCGGGCAGGCUGCCGCAAGGGUGCAAGGC